UGAAUGUGCUCAAACAGGUAAAUUCAUGGACUUAAAAUCAUUUAUGAAUACUAAUUGAUGUAUUACUUUAAAGUUUACUGAUGUAUUCUAAAUAGUUUCAAGUUCCAUCAGUGUAAUGUAUUGUAUGCAUGUACAUCACUAUUUAUUGACAUGAUUUUCUUUCAUGUAAAUAGAUAUUCUGUUUUGAAUGAAGAGAAAGAAAACAUUUUCGACCUGUAUGAUCCAAGAUCGGUUGAUGACCGUAACACGAUGGAUAUAGCUAUGUUUACUAAGAAGUUAGUGCAGUUGCAACCAGAUACACAGGCAAUUGACAUUCAAGAGCAUGAUCCUAUCCAUCAGGCAGCUGGAUCGGAAAAUGUGCCAGGACCAUGUUUGGCUUAUUCACUGAAAGAGCAGUUGGAAAACUUAUCUAGUGCCGUGUCAGGUAAUAGUACUCCAACUGCAGCCCAGUUUCGAGAAGAAUUGGACACUUUACACCUGAAGUCAUCAAGGAUAUAGAACAUUGCACAAGAGGUCAAGCUGAAAAUCCAACAUGGAAAGCUUAUAGAUAUGGAAUGCUGACAGCUUCUUAUUUUCAUAGAAUUUGUAAAGCAGUAGAAAAGGGCUCUUGCCCACAAUCUUUACUUAAAUCAAUCAUGUCUAAAUAUGACACAGAUAUUUAUGUUCCAGCUUUAGAAUGGGGAUUAAAAAAAGAAAAGAUUGCUUGUGACCUUUACACAAGAGCAAAUAGGUCUGUACACAAGAGAGUAGUUGUUGAGAAAAGGGGUUUGUAUAUCAUGAGUGUUUAUCCUUUCAUUGGCUGCAGUGUAGAUGGCAUUUUCACUUGUCGUUGUCACGGGAAGAAAAUAAUUGAGAUCAAGUGUCCAUAUUCUUUAAGACACAUGCAUCCUAGAGAAGUUGCCAUUCAAAAAGGAUGUG